GACACUGGAUCGAGCGAUGGGAGGCGCGGGCGGCGCGGGGCCGGGCCGGGGCCGCGCCGGGGCCGGGCGGCCGCAGUGCGCGCUCUGAGCGGCCGCUGUGCCCGCGCCCCCGGGGCCGCCGCGCUCCGCGCCCAUGGCCGAGGUGGGCGGCUUUCUGGGCGCGCUGGACCCCGACCUGCACGGCUUCCCCCCCGCGCUGGGCGCCGGGCUGCCCCUCGCCGACUCCCCCGGCUUCCUCAACGAGCGCCUGGGGCAGAUCGAGGGGCGGCUGCAGCGGGGUUCCCCCACCGACUUCGCUCACCUCAAGGGUAUCCUGCGGCGGCGGCAGCUCUACUGCCGCACCGGCUUCCACCUGGAGAUCUUCCCCAACGGCACGGUGCAGGGCACCCGGCAGGACCACAGCCGCUUCGGGAUUUUGGAGUUCAUUAGCCUGGCAGUGGGGCUGGUGAGCAUCCGUGGGGUGGACUCCGGACUCUACCUCGGCAUGAACGAGCGAGGGGAGCUCUAUGGGUCGAAGAAGCUCACCCGGGAGUGCGUUUUCCGCGAGCAGUUCGAGGAGAACUGGUACAACACGUACGCGUCGACGCUCUACAAACACCCCGACUCGGAGCGCCAGUUCUACGUGGCCCUCAACAAGGACGGCUCCCCCCGCGAGGGCUACAGGACUAAGAGACACCAGAAAUUCACCCAUUUUUUGCCCCGGCCUGUGGACCCUGCCAAAAUCCCUGCCAUGUACAGAGACCUCUUCCACUACAGGUGAUGGUUCCUGCGCUCAGUGUACGUACCUGGGCUCCCGAGCUUUUUCCCAGAGCACUAUAUUAAUAGUCAUUCCAUCAUUCCUGUAAGCAUAGAUGGCCUAGGGAAGCACUUCCAUUGAAUUCAGACACUGCUCUUCCUCCUGGUUUGCAGCGUAUAUCAAACCUGGGUUAUUUAUGGGGCGGGGCAGGGGAAGGGAGGGAACCCUACAUUUAGUCUUUCAUUCUCAUUCACCUUCGUUACCCGGUUGCUACAUGAGAGUCUGAAUAUUCAGUGUUAUGGUUGCUUAAAGGAACAAGCAGGUGAGCAAACCUGAUCACCAGAGGGGGGAAAAAAAACCCCAAACCGACCUAAAAAUGAAGAGAAGGAAAGAAAACAAAAGAUCACAGAACUUCUGCAGAUACUGCUGCUGAGCUGGGAUGGUUCCCUGCUAAGGAAAAGCCUUUUGAGUGGUGCCCUGCUUGAGCAGCCUGGGGAGUUUGCUACAUGGAUGAUGCUCUGUGGACUGGUCCUGAUGUGUGGGGUUCUUCCUGCUGUUGGGGUGGGAAUGGGGCAAGGAACAUUAUUCAGAUGUAAGCAUGGAUACUGUGCAUAAGGACAAAACUAUUUAUAAAAUGUAUAUGAUAUUUAUUUUAUAUAUUUAUUUAUUUCAAAAUAAUUUUAUUUUUAAUGAGAGAUGCUAUGACCGGAUUUUCAUCAGGAAGAAUAAGGUCCUACUGAAACAGGAAAAAAAGUUUUAAGAGCUUAUUGGCAAUAAAAUUGUCUUUAUAUUGUA